UCGAGCAGCAACAGGGAUAUAUCCAAAGCUAAAUUUCAUCAUAGCCUCAAAUAGACAACUUCGAUACCCUCCAGAGUGUGUUUGCUUCUGAGUUAUAUAUCCGCAGAAAAUCAUGUUAAAUAUUGGUUUGAGGAAGCUACAAGACAAGGUUGCACUGAUCACAGGAGCAGCUAGUGGAAUAGGAAAGGCCAUAGCUACCAAAUUCAUCAAUAACGGGGCCAAGGUUAUUAUUGCUGAUAUUCAACAACAACUUGGCCAAGAGACUGCUAAAGAACUGGGACCUAAUGCUACUUUCAUAGCAUGUGAUGUCACUCAAGAGACAGACAUUUCGAAUGCUGUUGAUUUUGCCAUCUCUAAAUACAACCAACUUGAUAUCAUGUACAACAAUGCAGGGAUAGCCUGCAGAAGUCCUCAAAGCAUUGUUGACUUGGACCUGGCAGUGUUUGACAGAGUCAUGGACAUAAAUGUUCGUGGGGUUGUGGCAGGCAUCAAGCAUGCAGCACGUGUAAUGAUUCCACGUGGAAGCGGGUCCAUUCUCUGCACAGCAAGUGUCACAGGAGUGAUGGGAGGGGCGGCCCAGCACACUUACUCAAUAUCCAAGUUUGCAGUUGUAGGCAUUGUUAAAUCUCUAGCUUCAGAGCUUUGUGGGUAUGGAAUCAGAGUCAAUUGCAUAUCACCUUUUGCCAUCCCCACUCCUUUUGUAAUGGGAGAAAUGAGUCAGAUAUAUCCUCAUGUUGAUGCUCAGAGACAUGUAGAGAUUGUUCACAAUGCUGGUGUCCUAAAGGGAGUGAACUGUGAACCCAAUGAUGUUGCUAAUGCUGCACUUUUUCUUGCAUCUGAUAAUGCCAAGUAUGUUAAUGGGCACAAUUUGAUUGUGGAUGGAGGGUUCACAUCUUUUAAGAAUUUGGACUUUCCUGCACCAGAUCAAGUGCAGUAGAAGUUUGUACAAUUUAUAUUUAGAUAAAGAUAACAAUAAUGAAAAACGCCUUUCAAUCACAAUUUUCAAAUAACUCUGUAAGAGUGAGUCAAUUCCACUUCUU